GUGUUAGCAUCCCCCGAGCAACUCCAUCAAUACUGCAUACAGCUGAACUGCUGGCAGAAGACCUGCUACUGCUGCAGCCCACAGCCUCCGAGAGAGAGAGAGAGAGAGAGGAGGGCAGAGGACGAGCAAGACUGAGAGAGAGAGAGAGAGAGUGUAAGAGUGUGUGUGUGUGUUAGGAGCAUUAGAAUAAGCAGUAGGAAUAGAGUGAGUAAGAGAAAGAGAGAGAGGGAGAGAGAGCAGCACUUCUUUUGGUCGCCUCUGUUUUCUGCCUACUGCUGCUGCUUUGUGUGUGUGUGUGUGUGUGUGUGUGUGUGUGUGUGUGUGUGUGUGUGUGAGGCUCGCAGUGGGACUGUGCCUGGAUCCUGGGUUACUGCAGUAAAAGCAGUGCAGGACAGAGCACAGCUCUUCAGGAGGCUGGACACUGUGCAGUAGAAUGCUGCAUCUGACCGCCCACUGACCGCACACAGGCUAUGUGCAGUGGCUGAUUUCUGAUAUGGACAAGCGGGCCAGACAGGUCCGAACUUCACUACUGUGGUGCUGCAUCCAUCCCCAUUCCCUACGGUCCAUCCUGAGCUUCUGAUCCUGCCCUGGGCUUCCCAAUCACCGGGCCUCCUGGCUUCACUCCGGGCCCACCAUGGGAGGAUGCCUCUCCAAACCCAAACCAGUUGAGGUGAAAGUUGAGUUGACUCUCCUGGAGAAAGAGAAGGAAGCAGACCUGAUGUCUCCUAAUGGAAAGGCCAGUCCCUUCUCCGAGUGCCGUCCCAACGGUUCCCUGGGUCACUGCUCGGACGAAGACUCCGCCGCGUUAAGGCCAUCUCACAAACACAGAGACUAUAUAGAAGCCACGGUGUGCCACGUCAAAGAUCUGGAAAAUGGACAGAUGCGUGAGGUGGAUCUGGGAGCGGGCAGAGCUCUCCUCAUCAAGGAACAUGGAGAAUUCUCUGCCAUUGGGCACAAGUGCCCACACUAUGGGGCACCACUGGUUAAGGGGGUUUUAUCCAAAGGUCAUGUCAGAUGUCCGUGGCAUGGAGCCUGUUUCAGUAUCGCAACUGGAGACAUUGAAGAUUUCCCCGGAUUGGACAGCCUUCCCACCUUUCAGGUCAGAGUUGAAAAGGACAAGGUGAUCAUACGGGCAAACAAGCAGGCUCUCCAGACGCAGAGGAGGACGAAGGCUAUGGCAAAGUGUUCUGCAGUCAUAAACUCCAGUACAAGCUUUAGUCACGUUCUCAUCAUCGGAUCAGGUCCUGUUGCCUUGGUGUGUGCUGAGACGUUGAGGCAGGAAGGCUUCACAGACCGUAUCGUGAUGUGCACCAUGGAAAAGCACCCGCCCUAUGACAGACCUAAACUGAGUAAGUCAUUAGAAAGCACAGCCGAGCAGCUUCAACUACGGUCAAUGGAGUUCUUCCAGAACCAUGACAUAGAGCUGCUACUGGAAAAAGAAGCUGUAUCUGUGGAUGUAAAGACGAAGACGGUAACGUUUCAGGACGGCUAUAAGAUGGAGUACAGAAAACUCCUGAUUGCAACGGGAAGCAAACCCAAGAGCAUAAACUACAAAGGUAAAGACAUUGGGAACGUCUUUCAACUGAGAACUCCUGAAGAUGCUAACAGCAUAGCCAGGCUAGCAGGCAGCAAGAAUGCAGUCAUCGUGGGAACCUCCUUUAUUGGAAUGGAGGUUGCAGCAGCUCUGACAGAUAAAGCUCACUCGGUCUCUGUGAUCGGAACUGAGGCUAUGCCAUUCCGUAAAGCUCUGGGGGAGAAAGUAGGGAAAGCUCUGAUGAAGCUGUUUGAGAUGAACAGGGUGAAGUUCUACAUGCUGAACGAGGUAUCGGAGAUGCGAGGGCAUCAUGGACAGUUAAAAGAAGUGGUCCUAAAGAGCGGAAAGGUCCUCCGAGCAGACGUGUGUGUUAUUGGUGCAGGUUCGAGUCCUGCCACCUCGUUUUUGAAGCAGAGUGGAGUACACAUGGACUCCAAGGGAUUCAUCACUGUCAACAAGAUGAUGCAGACAAAUGUGGAUGGAAUUUUUGCUGGUGGUGAUGUAGUAACGUUUCCACUGGCUUUACGAGGCAAUAAGAAGGUGAACAUUCCUCACUGGCAGAUGGCCCACGUACACGGGAGGGUUGCUGCUCUCGGUAUGAUGGGAAAAACCUCAGAGGUCAGAACGGUGCCUUACUUCUGGACUGCUAUGUUUGGUAAAAGCGUACGCUAUGCAGGUUAUGGAGAUGGUUUUGAUGACGUCAUCAUCCAGGGAGACUUGGAUGAGCUAAAAUUUGUGGCAUUCUACACAAAGAGUGAGGAGGUGAUAGCUGUGGCCAGUAUGAACUAUGACCCUAUAGUGUCUCGGGUCGCUGAGGUCUUUGGUUCUGGAAAGACCAUUAAGAAGCGAGAUGUGGAGACGGGAGAUAUGUCGUGGUUGAUAGACAAAGGCUCACAGUGAAGGCCGUCAGGACCCUCAGUACAGCAGUCUAUACAAUAUACAGAGACUUUGGGCCGAAAUCCUUUUCUUCGAGGCCAGAGGAACCAGAGUGGGAGAGGUGGAGCACCAGCUGGUGAACUGGGACACUGCAUGGGGUAGGAGCACAGGUUUAUCUGACCCCAAAAAACUGAGCUCAAACUGGGCCCAAAACAUGAGGCAUGCACCUGCUCGAGACUCUGGGGAUCUCUAUGGACCAGCCAGCCAAGGAACUGUAAAUACAGUAUAUGGUAUUUUGUAUUUCGCAGUGUUAGCAUGGAAUAAACCGUAAAAACUGAGCCAUAGAAGGUUUUUAAUGGUUUCUAAUAUUGAUGAUGUCACCGGACGGGAUCGGAUUGGAUCAGACGGGAUUGGAUUGUGUCUGGAACGUUUCUUCUCCAGUUUCUUCUCUGCUUGUGCACGAAGCAACUACUACCUGUACACAGUGUUUAUGAUGGGCUGUUUUAAUGGGGAAUUUUCUUUUGUACAUGCAACUUUGUAAAUAGCUAUAAAAAAAAAAAAGCCAGAAAUGGAAAAUCCACUGGAACAUGAAACACGAUGGUUUCGGUUUUGGUAUCGGUUUCGGAUUUGUUUCUACUGAACCAGUGCACAGUUUAUAACGCUAGCGAUUAGCUUGCUAGGGGGAUUAUGGGUACGCUACAAUGGGUAUACAGCGUUUAGGACUAUCAUAAGUAUCUGACCUUUGUACAGAUAUGCAGCUUCAGUGUUUUUAAGCCCCUAAUCCUUUGCUUUGUUCGGGAAUUUCAUCAUUUUGAGAAAUCGUACGAAAUCUGUAGACCUAGAAUAAAAAAAUAACGUAAUAUUUGAUGUAAUGAUGUGAGGCCAGGUUAUGAUUUUAGACUUGUUUUUAGUCUUGACAGAAAUGUCGCAGAGAAAGCGCGUCACAGGCCCAGGCCUGUCAUGAUAAUGAAAUAGUUUCCCAAAAAUAAUUGUGAGUAAAUAGUUGUAUGAAACAUAAAUGAAAUAAAAACAUUGUUCUUACACAAUGUCAAAAUACUAGCUCAUUAGAAAAUACUUAAUACAAAUUCUCCUGUUACAAAGUACUUAAGUAAAAAGUUUAAAUACUCCAGUUACAAAAUACUAAAGUAAAAGUACAAAUACCACAGUUCAACAUGCUGAAGUAAAAGAACAAAUCAUUUUCUAUUUAGAAAAUACUUAAGUAAAAGUUUAAAUACCCCAGUUAAAAAUACUAAAGUAAAAGUACAAAUACCCCAGUUAAAAAUACUAAAGAAAAAGUACAAAUACCACAGUUACAACAUGCUGAAGUAAGAGUACAAAUAAUUUUUCAAUUAGAAAAUACUUAAGUAAAAGUUUAAAUACCCUGGUUACAAAAUGCUGAAGUAAGAGUACAACUACAGCAGUUACAACAUGCUGGAAUAAAAGUACAAAUAACAUUUAAAUUUAAAAAUACUAAAGUAAAAGUUCACAUACCCUACUUACAGAAUGUUGGAGUAAAAGUACAAAUACAGCAAUUACAACAUGCUAAAGUAAAAGUACAGAUACUUUAAAUUCUCCAGUUACGAAGUACUUAAGUAAAAGUAUAAAUAAUAUUCCAUUUAGAAAAUACUUAAGGUAAAGUUCAAACACCCCAGUUACAACAUGCUUUAGUAAAAGUACAAAUACGGUAGUUACAACAUGCUGAAGUAAAAGUAAAAAUAAUAUUCCACUUAGCAAAUACUUAAGUAUUUUGUAACUGGGGUAUUUGAACUUUUACUUAAGUAUUUUGUAACUGGAGUAUUUGUAAAUUUACUUAAGUAUUUUCUAAAUGGAUUUUUUUUGUACUUGUACUUAAGUAUUUUGUAACUGGGGUAUUUGAACUUUUACUUAAGUACAAGUACAAAUAAAUUCAAUUUAGAAAAUACUUAAGUAAAUAUACAAAUACUCCAGUUACAAAAUACUUAAGUAGAAGUUUAAAUACACCAGUUACAAAGUACAAAUUAUAAUUAAAUUAGAAAAUACUUAAGUAUAAGUUAAAGUACCCCAGUUACAAAAUGCUGAAGUAAAAGUACUAAUACCACAGUUACAAAAUAAGACUAUUGUUUUUAAAGAUGUUUUUAAACAAGUACACAUAUCAGCUCAUUCAGGUUAAUGGGCUCUCCUCUCUAAGUGAACACAAUGGGCAGUAAUAUUAAGGUUAUAAAUGAUCAAGCAUAUAUCCAUAUAUUCUGUAGGAUAAAUGAUAUAAGAUAUAAGGUAUAAAGUAAAGUUGUGGCAGGUCUAAACAGUUUUGACUGUCUGAAGGCUGGCCUGGUCUGUUCACACAGCUUCCCUAAACCGGAUCAUCGAUUCACUAAAAUCCAAACACCCUCUAUUAGACCACAGUAUCAUUAUGAAUGUGCCCGGCGAUAAGAGAGCAUGUGACCCGGCGUUCUGCAUUGCAAUGCUGACUAACAGCUCCUCUUUUAGCUCUUAAAUACAAAGUACCUCUUACGGUAACUCAUGGUUGCCUUGCUAGUUAAUUGCACAAAAUAAUAUAAAUAUAUAUUAAUAUAUAUAUUUAAAGCUAUACCUCUAUAUUAAUGCUAGAAAAAAAAGAAAUAAAUCUAUAGGCUUGGAUUUUCUGAUGUCUUGACCUGAUCUGAAUGUUUGAUUGACUAAUUGAUUGAUUGAUUGAUUGACUGACUUGAUGAUUUACUGUAUUUUUAGAUAGUAUGCAAUAAUUCUGAAUGCUGAUUUGGUAGUUUUGACCUCCUGAAGCUCCGUUUUGUUACUAACUCAGGGAUAGGAGGUUCGAGUCCUGCUUAUAUGAGGGUUUGUUCUGGUGAAAAAAAAUAAUAAUAAAGAAAUUUAUUGCUUUUAUAUUCUA